CAUAGCUAGUACUUGGAAAUAAUGUUAGCUAGCCGUAGUAGCGAGCAAGUGUAGCCAAUAGAGAGAACAUGGGAGAAGGAUAAUUGCAGUAGGGAGACAUGGCUAGCCAGCAUUGUUUUAGUAGCAUUGGCUAGCUAACUAUCGCAAUGUGCGCACAGCUGUUUACAUGUUGAGAGCGUAUUUCGUCUGAUUUCAACAAGCUAUCUAGUGUGGCCUUGCUGGCUCUUUCACAGAUCAUUAAUUGUAUAGCUGUGCUCCAGUAGCAGACAGUUGAUUGAUACGAUAGUUAGCUAGCUAAUACAACGUUAGUGUAACGUUAGGUGAAAUAAGGCCAGGAUAGCAGCUUACCGCUAGCAGCUGCGUCGCUGCACGUAUUUAGUCAUUGGCUAGAGGGAGAUGUACAACGGCAUCGGCCUGACCACCCCUCGGGGCAGUGGGACCAACGGCUAUGUCCAGCGCAACCUCUCCAGUGUCCGUGCCAAGCGGACCCGGGACGAGAGGGGCGACGAGCGGGAUGAGAAGGACCGGGAGAGGCUGGAGAGCCAGCUGAACCGCCAGCCCAACGCCGGCAUCCUGGAGCACCAGCGCAAGAGGCAGCUGGAGGUCAAAUGUGCUGAGCUGCAGGACAUGAUGGAGGAGCAGGGGUACUCGGCAGAGGAGAUUGCAGAGAAGGUGAACAGCUUCCGUCUCAUGCUACAGGAAAAACAGGAGCCCCCGGCUCCCAUCACUGACAGGCCUGCGGUGACGGAGACUCACGCCCUGGCCGCAGCCAACCAGCAGAAGAAUGACCGGCUGAGGGAGGCGUUCGGCAUUGCCACGGACUACGUGGACGGCUCGUCCUUCCACCCCGAGCGCAAGGAGCGGGAGAGGGAGAAGAGGGAGCAGGAGAAGCUGGAGAGGGAGAAGAGGGAGCAGCAGAAAUACGUGUUAGUGGAGGAUUCUGAGGACUCCGCCUCCCCCUCUCCUCGCAAGCAGAGCCGCAAGAAAAAGAGGAAGAAAAACAAGAAGAGAGAGAGCUCUGAGAGCCCUUCCCCUUCCCCUCCUCGGGAAAAGAAGAAAUCUGGAAAGAAGAAGAAAAAAAGCGCAUCGGAGGAUCGACCGAAGGAGAAAGGGAAGAGGAACAGGAGUGGAAACGAGUCUCCCACCCCGCACAAACAGAGACGCCGGAGCGCUUCCCGGGACUCGGCUCGCAGCCAAUCACCGGCUCCACUGGGAGAGGUGUGGCAGAACCAGCCAGUCAGGAGUGUGGAUGAGGGACGGAGGGGGCGGUCCCCUGGCAGGAGAGGAUGGGAUGGUGAAGGGAAAAGUCCUGGGAGAUCGGCUAUUCGGGAGAGAUCUCCCAGGCACCUCAGCAGUCCCGAACAAGGGGGAAGAGUAGAGAAGGAACGAGAGAGAGAGCGAGAGGAGAAGUGCCAGCAGAAGAGGCACGAUUCGUCAAGCUCCUCUUCCCCCGAGAGGGAGAAAGCCAGGCGCCCCAGGAGCAGGGAGCAGCCCCGAAACAGGGAGCCGGCCCGGGAAAAAGACCAAGCAAGGGAGAGAGGGAGGGAGAGAGAAAGAGAGAAGGAGAAAGAGAGAGAAAGAGGGAUGAGGCAGCAGAGGCGAUCUUCUGAUUCGGUAUCUUCUGCUUCUCCCUUUCCCCUCGCCAAUGGCCGAGAAAGAGAGCGGGAGAGGGAACUGGAUAGAGCGAGGGAGAAGGAGCGGGAUAGGGAGAGAGAACGGGACCGAGAAAGAGAGAAGGAGAAGGAGAAAGAGAGAGAAAGAGAGAGGGAGAGGGAGGAGAGGGAGAUGGAGGAGAGAGAGAGGGAGAGGGUGAAGGAGAGGGAGAAAGAGCGGGAGAGGGCGAAGGAGAGGGAAAUGGGCCGAGAAAGAGAGAAGGAGAAAGCAAGGGAGAGGGAGAGGGAGGAGAGGGAGAGGGUGAAGGAGAGGGAGAAAGAGCGGGAGAGGGCGAAGGAGAGGGAAAGUGGCAGAGAAAGGGAGUUGCAGAGGGAGAAAGAGAGGGAACGGGAGAGGGAGAAACGGGAGAAGGAGAAGAAUAUAGAGCGGGAGAGGGAGCAGCAGAAGGACACCCCUAAAGAGAGGGACAUGUCGCGAUCUGGAAGGCCCUCUUCCUCUGCAGCUAACAUGUCCGCUUCAGAUGAGACGCACUCGCGGAGGGAGAGGGAGUCCGACAGGCAAGCGCACAGAGACAGAGAUGCUGCGAAGGAGAGAAGAGAGAGGGAGGUGAGGAGGCCAGAGGAGGCGAAGGCAGCCGAGAGCCGGGAGAAAGAGAAGGAGAAACGGAAAGCUAAAUCCAGCAGCAGCAGCAGCAGUAGCAGCAGCAGCAGCGGCGAUAGCGACAGCUCUUCUUCAUCUUCCUCUUCAGAUUCAUCCCCCUCCUCCUCUUCCUCCUCCUCUUCAUCAUCCUCAUCAGAUGAGGGAGAGAAGGAACGGAGAAAGAAAAGUUCUGACUCCGAGAACCAGAAUGCUGCGGACAGGGCCAUGUCUCCGCCCCGGUCCCGCCCUCCCGCCUCCCUCCCGCCGCCCGCUCCCGUGGCCGCGCAGAGACCCCGGCAGAGUAACGGAGGCAGCGAGAGGGAGGGAGAGCGGGAGAGCAGGAACGGCUCGGAUGGGUACAGGGAGGAGAGAGGGCCCCGGGAGGGGCCGAGGCUGUCGCCCGCAGGAAAGGCGUUGGCCGCUCUGCCCAGAGACGGGAGAGGGGGAAGAGGCCGCGGAGCCGAGAGGUACUCGCCCACACAGGAAGAGAGCUCCUCCCCCUCCCCCGCGAGGGACCGGGAGGGGGGGAACCUGGACACUGUCGCUCAAAAGCUGCCGACAGAGGAGGGGAGAGGGCGGAGGGAGAGGGAGAGGGAGCGGCACUCUCCGGCAGAGUGGCAGAGGGAACCCUCCCCUCAGGCCCGCGGGGGGUUGCGUGACCAGCCCGGAGCUCGUGGACGAGACGGGCAGCGGGACCAGGAGCUGGAGAUGCGCUCGGAGAGAGAGCCGGCCAGGGACAGAGGCAAGGAGCGGUACAGCCCCACGGAGAGGGAGAGCGUCAGCCCGCCCAGCUCCCCCGGGGCAAGGGGCAGGGAGCGAUAUUCCCCCACCGAGGCUGAGAGGGAGCUAGAGGAGGGUGAGAAGAGGAAGGCUCUGUCCCCGUCUCCUCCUCGGGAGAGGGCCGAAGAGGGGGUGGGAAGCUUCAGGACCUUUUCCCAGAACAGCGCUAAGCGAGGGAGGGGGUCCGAGGUGGAUGCUUCCACUGAAAAAGAGAGGGAGGACUCACCUCCACCUUCCGGCCAGAGGGAGAAGGAAAGGGAGUCCACUUCGGUGCCGAGGGAGAGGGUGUCCCGUUCCCCCAGGGUGGGAGAAAGGGGGCAGGACCGUGGCCCGGUGCAGCGAGACAGGGAGGCACCCGCCCGCUGUGCCUCCUCCUCUCCCUCCGCCUCCCCACCGCGCCGUACUCCGCCCCUCCAGUACCAGGACCCGCCCCGGCGCCGCUCGCCCCUAUCCCCCAGCCCCCGGCGGCCCGCCCGGAGGCCUGGCCACGCCCGCUCUCCCGCCCGUCACCCCUCACGCUCCGACAGGGACCGCGACUCCGGCCGAGACCGGGAGAGGGACCGAGACAGGAGAUACUCUCCGGUUUUGCGGAGGAAUAUAGACCGGUCCAGGGAUCGGGAGAGGGACCGGUCCAGGGAUCGGGAGAGGGACCGCUCCAGGGAUCGGGAGAGGAUCCGCUCCAGGGAUCGGGAGAGGGAUCGGGAGAGGGACCGCUCCAGGGAUCGGGAGAGGGACCGGGAGAGGCUCCGCUCCAGGGAUCGGGAGAGGGACCGCUCCAGGGAUCGGGAGAGGGACCGGGAGAGGCUCCGCUCCAGGGAUCGGGAGAGGGUCCGCUCCAGAGAUCGAGAGAGGGAUCGGUCCAGAGAGAGGAGGCCAAGGAGAAGUCGGUCAAGGAGUCCAAGGAGGCGGAGCCCCCUUUACAGGCCACGACACUCCCCCUCUCUCAUCAGGAGAAGAAGAACCAGCCGCUCCCUGUCCAGGGAACGUGAGCGGGAACGAGAGAGGAACAGAGAGCGAGAAAAGGAGAUGGACAGGGCAAGAGAGAAGGAAAGGGACAGAAGAGUUAAGACUCCACCCAAAGACGCCCCGCCUCGGUCUCCCUCUUCCUCCUCCAGUUCGUCGUCCUCCUCGUCUUCUGACUCCGCCGAGGAGGGGGCGGAGGAGCCGAGGGCGGAUGUGGCUGAUGGAGGCAGAGAGGUGGAGCCCGAGAAGGAGAGCGGGCCUGAAAGGGAGGAUCUGCAGAAAGGUGGAGAUGGAGAAAUGGCGAAAACGGGACGCGUUUCGCCAGCCUCAUCAUCAAGAGCUCCCCAGGAACCUGCCUUUCCUUCCGACCAAUCGGAACCCAGGUCUCGAGCCGUGGAAGAGCCGGCCGCCGACCAGCCGUGCUGCAGAUCCCCCGCUGCUCAGGACGUGGAGCCCAGGGAGUCGCCGAGGGUGAAGCAGAGCGGCCAGCCCGUGUCCAGCACCUCUGAGCCCAGUCUGCCCGAGAAGCCACUCAACGGACGUCCGGACAGGGAGGAGCCUGCAAAACCCCAAAGGAAAAAGAGUAGCAGCAGCUCCAGUUCUUCGUCCUCAUCCUCUUCCUCAUCGUCCUCAUCGUCAUCGUCCUCUGAUAGUUCCGAUUCCGAGUCGGAGGAGGAGAAGGAGCAGAAAGGGACUGCAGCUGAGGGCCGGUCCUCCUCAUCGCCAUCCUCCAGUGAAAGUGAAAAGGAUGAUGGGAAGAAAAGCCCUCCCCGCCGUCCCAGGGUGCCGGCCGAUUCGCUGAGAGACUCCCGCUCCCUCAGUUACUCUCCGCCACUCCGGCGAAGGCGGCCUGCACCGUCCCCACCUGCCAACAGGAGUAGCAGGAAGUCACAAAGCAGAUCUCCAACCCGAAAACGAAGGAAAUGAUCUUGUUGGGCUCUACCAGGAAGAGUACCCCCUGUCUCCCCAAUGGUUUGGCUUGGUUAAUGUGUGCUGAACAGGGCCUAACUUGGACAGCAACAUCUGGAAGGGGAGAUGAGUGGCAACAAGGACACCAAAUUAUGUGAGGGACAGUAUGACAAAUCGCCUGAUUUUUGUUGAACGAGUAACAGGAUCUUGUACAAUAGAAGUAAUAGACCCAAAACCCUGUUUGUAAUUCAAGUUUUUUUUAAGGGGGAGAUCAAUUUAUUCAAUUUAUAUAAAAAAAUUCAACAAGAAAAAAAGGGAAUUGGAGGAAGAGCAAUGAACAUACCUUAGACCAGGUACGGUGUCGCUGUACCUACAGAUGGAUUCAUAUGACUACAAACCAUACAAGUAAAAAAAGUUAAAUAUGUGAACAUGCUACACUGAAGAAAAUUCACACUGUACCUUCUCACUUUUUACCCCCAGGCUCUGUUUAAAACAAUGAAAAAUGGCUUCUGUACUUUGUUUAUCACUGUAAGGAGGGGGUGCAGUUGCAAAUGUCUGUGAGUGGAAGUUGUGAGUCCUGUUUUUUUUUUUUCCCCCCUGCUUUGAGAAGAUUAAAUAAAAAAUGCAAUGGUUUCUC